AUGAAUUUAAUAAAAAAAUGCUUUAAAAAGCCGAAAAUAAAAGAAAAUUUAUCGAGACAUAGUCCACCAGAACUAAGUUCGCAACAUUCACAGUCAACAGAUGAAAGAAAAAAUUUACCAACACGUAGUCCACCAAAAAUAACCUGGCAACAUUCAUGGUCAACAGAUGAAACAAAAAAUGGAUUAGAAAAUUCUCACUUUCAAAUUAUUCCUACUGAAGUCAUAUUACACAUAUUUAAAUAUUUGUCUGUACAUGAUUUAGGGAAUGUCUCAUUGACUUGCCGUUCAUUUAAAAUGAUUGUUGAUCAAGAUGAAGUAUGGAAACUAAAAUGUAAUUCAUCAACAAAAUUACAUUCAAAAUCUUAUAAAGAAAUCUAUAUAGAUUGGAUGUAUGAAAAAUAUUUACGCAAUAUAGAAUUAGAAGAAGUUGAAGCUAACUAUCGUAAAGAACGCUCAAACAUUUCCUGUGGAAUGCACUGGAAUCGAUGUGAUUAUUUUGUUCGACCAGAAGACAAACAUCCUUUUGAAUCUAUUGGCGGAUUCAGAAAGCAUCCACAUGAAUCGAAAGAUAUGACAAUUGACUUAUCAGUUGAUGUCGAUAAAACAGCUCAUGAACUUAUAUCAUUAUUAAAAAAAGCAUCAUAUUUUCAGCCUCAAUGGAGACAAUCAUCGAUUAUCAAACAAAUGAUGACAAGAUAUUAUCGAUUUAUGCAACUCAAAGCUUCAUCACCAAAUAAUAUUCUAUUGAUUCCAACACUAGAUAUUGAAAUCAUUUGGCAAACACAUCUUCUACGACCACAAAUGUAUCGAGAUGAUUGUAUGAGAUUAUUUCAUCGCAUUAUUGAUCAUUCUUUAUUAGCAAAUGAAAUGGAACAAUUUCUAAAAGAACAAGCAUUUAUUGAUACUUGUAAACUAUAUGAAGAACGAUUUGGAGAACAAUAUUGUCCAUUACCCGAACAAAAUGAUAAUGAACCCGUCGCUGCAAAAUACGUUUAUUCCGCGUUUGGAUCAUUAAAAUGUGUUAUUCCAAUAUAUUCAUAUUGGGAUGAAACAAAUUUUGAUUUUUCAUCAGUAUCAUCAACUAAUCAUGAUAAUAAUCCAUUUUCAUUCACUGAAGCUGAUAUUAUUCUUGAUGGUAAUUGGCUUGAUUUAUGUACAAAAUAUAUGAAAGAAAUGAUAUCAACAGUACCUGUUCGUGGUUAUUAUCCAUAUGAUGAUGACAUUGAUCUCAGUAAAGUAUCAAUAACAAGACUAAAGAAAUCUUAUAAACGAUUUUUAUAUAUGGCAACAAAAUAUCCACCAUCAAAUGGAUAUAGUUUUAUACAUCCAACAUAUGCGAUUGAUAUAAUUUGGCAUUCACAUAUGCAAGAACCAUUAAAAUAUGCAUCUGACUGUAUUCGUCUUGUUGACUAUAUAAUUGAUCAUGCACCAUGGCCAUCGGUUGAUACAAAUAAAAUGAAACGUUCUUGUGAUGAUACAAUGAAUGCUUCGAAAAAGGAAUUUGAAAAUGAUAUGCGAACAGAUCAUUUAUACAAUACUAAAGGAUUUCGGUUAUGA